AGAUUCCCGAAGCAUGAUAUAUGGAAGUAUCUAGAAGCCUUUGGCAUUAUUCAAGCAACAUGAGUUGGCUACAAAUGAUUGAAGAUCUGAGCUUCAGGAAACUAAUAAAUAGUUCAGAAUGCCCAGAAAAACUUAAAUAUGACUUUAACAAAAAUGGUGAGCUUAGGCAUGUAGAUACUAAUGAGACUUUUGUUUUUAAUUAUCAAAAUUCAUAUAAAGAUAAUCACAAACGUUACCAAAUUCUUGGACAGUUAAUAACUCAGUAUAUUUAUGAGCUCCUUGAAAAAGCUUGCAAUCUGCAGAAGAUUUACAUCCCCACCUGUAUGGCAGACAGUGAAAUUUGUAGUUUCUUUUUCAUGAGUGAGAAUGCAUUGACAAAUAGUUCAACUUUACUUGUCCUUCUUCAAGAUCAGGGGACAUUUCGUGCAGGCCAGUGGGGACAGAGAACCAUAAUUCACGAAGGCCUUCAACAUGGAUCUCAGAUACCUUUCAUUACAAUGGCUCUGCAGUGUUCUUGGGGAGUGAUUGUUUUAAAUCCUAAUGACAAUUUUAUAGAUCUGAAAAUAGAACCAGAAUGUUUAAGUCUUUUUGAGAAUGACACUAUUUGUCCUCUUCACUUAUCAUGGCCAGUCCCAAAGAGAAACAGCAGUAAUCCUGAAGAACAUGCAACCUAUGUUUGGGAUCAUUUCAUUUCAAAGACUGCAUCUAGAAAUGUGGCCUUUGUUGCCCAUGGCUAUGGGGGAUUGAUUUUUAUCAACUUGCUCAUGCAAAGAACUUUGGAAGUGAUGAACAAAGUGUAUGCUGUUGCACUUAUUGACUCUAAGCAUCAUAUGAAGCAUCAGACACAAGGCAACUCCCAGGUGCAAACAUGGAUAUGGAAGCACUGCCGAGAGUGGGUAUCAAACAGUAAGCCUAUAGAUAGGUCAGUAGGCUGCCUUGUGAAAAUGGAUUGUCCUACAGUCUCCACAGGAUCUGAAAAAUACAGUAUGGCUCCUUCCUCUAGCUUGCACUCCAUCUUCAAGUAUCUAAAGAAUGCACUGAAAAUCAGUACUAAAGAUUAUUUCAGUCGAUCACCCAUUGCAACAAGGAGCAAAAAUAUGAAGAAAAAUUAAGAAUGUGUUUCGCACCCAGUUUCCUUCUAUCAGAAAAAAGUGUAUUCUAUGCAAAUGCCAAGGCACACUCUUAAACUAUUUUAUUUGAUAGAUUAUUCCUUUUCCCCCCCUUUGGCUAAGCUGAUAUUACUAUGAUGUUCUGUUAAGGUGCAAUUUUGAAUUAGAUGCUUAUGCUUUAGUUCAGUUUCUGAAAGGAUACUUUGUAUGAAUGUGUAAGUUAAUAACAGUUUCUUCUUUCAAUGUCUUACAAAUAAAUUCUUUGACAAAGCUUUUUAAAAACUAGUCCUUAAUCUGAACUAUCAGUAAAACAAU